UUGUCAGGUUUAACUGACACACAUUAAUACAUUAAUAUUAUCUAAUGUUCUCACAGGUGUUCUGCUGUAUGAGACUUUGGCAUGGGAAGUGAGAAUGCCAACAGAAAUUCAUGGCCUCAAAGGUUCCUGUCUGGUUAUACCGUGCUCUUACUCUUACACUUUAUACCCACCAACUAACCCACUUAGAGUUGUAUGGUAUCAGUGGGUGUCAAAAGCCUACCCUUUAGUGUAUGAUCCCUUGUAUCCAGACUAUGUUAUUGACAAGUUCAGAGGACAAACUGACAUAUAUAGGCAUACAAACUCAGAUCGGGAUUGUAGUCUGCUGAUCAAAAGUGUAGAACCAUCCCACAGUGGAGAAAAAUUAUAUGCAUGGAUUGACCCAGAAAAUAUUGGGUGGCGCACCUAUGAGUUUUAUGAUGUCACGUCCACAAUUAUUGUUUACACAAAUCCACAGCAGCCCAUCAUUAAUAUUUCUGGAGGUUUAAAGACCGGUGACAGCAUUACAGUAGGGUGUUACACCAACCACACCUGUCCAUACAGAAAACCAAACAUCGUUCUGAAGGGUAUUGAAGGAUCUGAUAAAAUCGAUGAUGUCCGUAUGGAAAAUGGUCAAUGGAAAACCACUCUGACACGCACCGGUGUUGUGGAGGCUGAAAGCUUUGAUAUUGAGUGUACUGUAACACAUCAUGGAGGCAUAACAACAAGAGCUACAAAAUCACAAAGUGCAAAAUGUGUCUAUUAUAGUAUAACCAUUGAGCCUAAACAGGCAGCAGAUAUCAUAGAGGGUGUUGAUAUGAACUUCACUUGUACCGUCCAUCAUUCCUGCCUAAAGAAUCCGCCGAUCCUCUCCUGGAACUAUGAGAAUAUGUCGGUCAAAAAUGGAAAGAAACAACUUACAGGGUUUGAAUUGGCCACCUUUUCCACCAUAACCUUUUUGGGGGCAAAGAAUGACGAUGGGAAGAAAUUAAUCUGCACUACAAAUAUUUCUGCACAGAAAAUCACAGCAUCUGUCGACUUACAUGUACAACAUUCUUUUACAGAGUCUCCAAAACCAGUAACUCCCGUCCAGAAUAAAUAUUCUUUUACAGAGCCUCCAAAACCAAUGACUGCAGUCCAAGAUAAUACAUCUGUUUCCCAGAAUGAACCCGAUGUUAGGACCUCUGACUUGAAGACAAUUGGGCUUUACAUUCUAGCCCCUUCAUUUGCCUUUCUUCUCAUUUGCAUAUUUGCUGGAGUCAUCAUGUACAAGAAGUGCAACAGGUCUUCUCCUGGUAAUCCACAAGAAUCACAGCCUGAACAAAGUUCAAAUGAUCUGUAUGCAGCUGUGGCAGUCAAAACUUCCCCGAAAGCCUGUAUACCAUCACCAAAUAGCUCAAAUGAUCUGUAUGCAGCUGUGGGAGUCAAAACAUCCCCUAAAGACCCUAUAUCAUCACCAAAGAGGUAUUGUGCAAUUUAA